UCCUCCAUCUCCAUCUUCCACACUCCCCAAUCCCAGCUCUCUCUCUCUCUCUUUCCUCUCCGCUUCUCCAAUGGCGGCUCUAGCUCGCAUCUCGAGGCAAGCCCUGAGCUCCGUCGCCCCAUCCUCCCAAGCCGCCUUCCUCCACCGCGCGCUCGCCACCGAGGCCGCGAAAGCCGUAACGCCGUCGCCGGAUCGGGUCAAGUGGGACUACCGAGGCCAGCGGAAGAUAAUCCCUCUCGGCCAGUGGCUCCCUAAGAUCGCCGUCGACGCCUUCGUCGCCCCCAACGUCGUCUUGGCCGGCCAGGUCACGGUCAACGACGGCGCCUCCGUCUGGCCCGGCUCCGUCCUCCGCGGCGAUCUCAAUAAGAUCACCGUCGGGUUCUGCUCCAAUGUUCAGGAACGGUGUGUGCUCCACGCCGCUUGGUCUUCCCCUACAGGACUUCCAGCAGAGACAUCCAUUGAGAGGUUUGUCACUAUUGGUGCAUACAGUCUGUUGCGGUCUUGCACAAUUGAGCCAGAAUGCAUUAUUGGGCAGCAUUCCAUUCUUAUGGAAGGUUCGUUGGUGGAGACCCAUUCUAUCCUUGAAGCCGGUUCUGUGGUUCCACCGGGGAGGAGAAUACCAACUGGUGAACUUUGGGCUGGAAAUCCAGCAAAGUUUGUCCGAACUCUGACACAUGAAGAGACCUUGGAGAUCCCCAAACUUGCUGUUGCCAUAAAUGAUCUGAGCAAAUCAUAUUUCCAAGAAUACCUCCCCUACUCCACAGUAUAUUUGGAGGUUGAAAAGUUCAAGAAGUCUUUGGGGAUUGAAAUUUGAUAAGUUUCAUUGCAUCGUUCUAUGUAUUUGACGUUGUUUAGUUGGAGGCUUUCCUUGUAAGGAAAUAAGCAGCUCCGAGACAUAGAGCUAAAAUCAUUUUGAGUGCCUAUCUUGUAUUUCGAUUGAAUUGUUUUGAAAUAUCAAUCGACAAUGGGAUGUGUUAUAGCAGUUGCACGGCGACCCUGUGUAUCAGAAAAUUCUGAAAAUCUGUCUUUGCCUGUUGUUGAAGAUCAUUGUCUGUUGCUAGCUUGAUCUCAUAUCAUUGUACUCAUACAACUAAUACCUAAUGUUCUUUUAUAC